CUGGUAUCGCCUGGGAGAAAUCAGCUCUUGAAAAUGGUUGUCGAAGGGUUAGGUGACGUCUGGCCUUUGAUUGUGGCGUUUUUAGCGGCAGUUAUCUUUAACACAGUGAUAUUUGCUCUAUUUAAGGGAUAUAAAACGAGGAAAGAACAGGAUGAGUGGAGAAAAUGGUGGAAAGAGAACGUAAUUUAUCAUAUAUAUCCUCGAUCUUUUCAAGACUCGAGUGGCGAUGGAAAUGGCGACUUACGAGGGAUAAUGAACAGGCUUGAUUAUUUUGAAUACCUGGGGAUCAAAAUCUUAUACCUAAGCCCAAUAUUCAAAUCUCCCAUGGUGGACAAUGGCUAUGACAUCUCAGACUUCACAGACAUCGAUCCCCUCUUUGGGGAUAUGAAUGACUUUGAUGAGCUCUUAAAAGCGAUUCAUAUAAGGGACAUGAAACUUGUACUGGAUUUUGUACCUAACCAUACUUCAGAUGAACACCCGUGGUUUCUUGAGAGUCGCUGUAGUAGACAGAGUCCCAAAAGAGACUGGUACGUCUGGAGUGACCCCUCCCCAGGGGGUGGGGUACCAAAUAACUGGGUCAGUGUAUUUGGGGGAAGUGCAUGGAGCUAUGAUGCUACAACAGGACAGUAUUAUUUGCACCAGUUUUGUCCUGAGCAACCCGAUCUGAACCUCAGAAACACUGAGGUGCGCCAAGCUUUAAAGGAAGUGUUGAUGUUCUGGCUUAACAAAGGAGUCGAUGGAUUUAGAGUUGAUGCAGUUCCUCAUCUUGUUGAGGAUUCAAGAUUUCUGGAUGAACCUACCAAGCCUGAGUAUGACCCCUUACGGCCCAACUAUGAUCACAUGGAACACAUUUACACGAAAAACUUGGAGGAUAAUCACAAAAUUGUUCAGGAAUGGAGAUCACUUCUUGAUCAGUACAAGUUGCCCUACAGAAUACUCAUAGGGGAGAUAAUGGCAGAUCUUCCAGAUGUUAUGAAGUAUUAUGGUGGAAGAUACAGUGAGUUUGAUUUUCCUUUCAACUUUGGGUUUUUGGGACUAAAUGAAUCCUCAACUGCACAAGAUGUGUAUAAAGUGAUCUCUGAUUACCUUGGUGCCCUUCCUAAGGGGAAGUGGCCCAACUGGGUAUUGGGAAACCAUGAUGUAUCCAGAAUUGGUACUAAAGUUGGCCAUGAGUACUCCCGCUCACUGAACGUCCUCCUUCUUACACUUCCUGGAACUGCUGUUACUUAUUAUGGGGAAGAAAUUGGAAUGACAGAUGCUGAAGUGCCUCUUAAAACAAGCAAAGACUUCCGUGAUCCUCAACGAUCACCUAUGCAGUGGUGCAGUAAAGAAAAUGCAGGUUUUACCACUGGAAUGAAACCAUGGUUACCUGUUGCAGAAAAUUUCAAAACUGUGAAUGUAGAGGAGCAAAUGGCAGAUGCAACUUCAGCUUUACAGCUGUAUCGGGAACUGCUGAGGUUAAGGUCGUUAUCACAAUGCCUUGGAUUCAAAAUUGUUCAUGUAGACACCUCAAUUCUUGCUUAUACCAGGUCAGCAAAAUACUGCAAGUUUCUCAUUAUAGUUAACUUUGGGCAGGAGAGUUGGACAGGGUCACUCAAUAACAUGAGUGGUUCAGGAAUUGUUGAAGUUGACAGUGAAAUGAAGAUAAGGGGAGCACAUAUUCUUUUUGAUAACAUCAAACUAAAUAAAGCUCAGGCUCUUGUUUUGAAAAUACAGUAAGACACUACAUGUAUCCAAUCAUUUUAUUCUCCUUUCAAAUGUAUUCAUAACUACGUUUAGCUAUCUGACUUAGUAUAAUCUAUAAAGAAUGUUUAACUGUAGUAGGUAUGUGUGCAUUGAAUAAAACUGGAUUAGAAAGAUCCACCCUUGGAGCAUUUUAUUCACAAACAACCAUAUCACUAAAAUAUUCAAAUGCAUGUAUUAGUUUCUAAAAAUAAAAAUGUUGUAAUAGGAUAAAAUCCUUUGAACAAGUGAGAUUUAUACCCAGUGAGCAAACUCUCAUAGAUGCUGCAGCAAAAAGAAAUGGGUGGCCCUUGGUGGCUUGCUGCUCUAUAAUGCUCGCUUUCAGGUCAGUUACUUAUGAAUUGAAAUAACAUGUUCUAAGAGCCUGUUGCUAGAACACUGCUAUCUGCAAAUUGUAUUUCCUUGAUUGAAAUAGUUGCUAUUUGUUGUUCAAAUUUAAUAUAAUUUAAAACCAUAAAUGUUACUGUUAGAACCAUUUGGCAAGAAAUGUAAUUUUGUAAAUAAAAGUGCUAAAAUGUA